AUGGUCGAUCAAUUUGAUAAAAAAGGAAGUGAUAUUGAAGUCGAAUCGGACUCAUUCAAUGAGCCACCUUCGGGAUUUUUUGCCAAAAUCUUGGAUAGCAUCUCAUUGCAAAAGAAUAAUUUGUCACUCUCGCAGUCGUUUCUUGUCAAUGAUGAUUUGCGUCCAUUGAUGAAUCCAGCAGAAAGAACAUGGAAAUGGUUCCAUUUCAUUUUUUUCUGGAUUGCUGAUUCAUACAAUAUCAACACAUGGCAAAUUGCAGGAACCGGAGUGGAGGCUGGACUAAGUUGGUGGGAAGUUUGGAUCUCGGUGAUCUUGGGUUACUCCAUGGUGGGUUUUUUCAUCUUUCUCUCCCAAAGAGUGGGAGCGUACUAUCACGUAUCGUUUCCCGUUUCGUGUAGAUCGAGUUUUGGAGUUUUUGGUUCUAUUUGGCCCAUUCUUAAUAGAGUGGUGAUGGCCAUCAUCUGGGCAUCUGUUCAGUCUUGGAUCGGAGGACAAUGUGUGCAGUUGAUGUUGAAGUCCAUCUUUGGAACCGACUUGCAAACGAGAAUUCCCAAUGGAAUGGCGGGCUCUGGCACCACUACCUUCCAAUUCUUGGGUUUUUUCCUUUUCUGUUUGUUUUCGCUUCCUGCCAUCUACUUGAGACCUCAAAAGGUUCGUCAUUUGUUCACCUUAAAAGCCAUUGUUUCUCCAGCUUGUGGUAUUGCCUUGCUUGUAUGGACCAUUAAAAGAGCUGGAGGAAUUGGUCCUAUUGUGCACCAGAAAACCACUUUGACUGGAUCUGCUCAUGCCUGGGCCUUCAUCAACUCUACCAUGAAUGCAUUGGCUAACUUCGCAACUUUGGUGGUCAAUGCUCCGGAUUUCUCGCGUUUGGCCAAGACAAGACGCUCGUCAUCAUGGACUCAGGCCAUUUCUAUCCCACUCUCAUUUGCCUUAACUGCCAUCAUCGGUAUCUUGGUGUCAUCUGCAUCGACAGUUAUGUUUGGUACUACUUACUGGAGUCCGUUGGAUGUUAUGGAGGAGUAUGUGGGCUCAUACACUAAGGGAGAUCGUGGAGGAGUGUUCUUAAUUGCUUUUGGCUUUGCUAUUGCUCAGUUGGGUACCAACAUUUCCGCCAACUACAUCAGUGCUGGAACAGACAUGACAGCAUUGUUGCCUAGGUACAUUAAUAUCAGAAGAGGAGGGUUCAUUGCUGCUGCAGUUGCAUUUGCUGUGUGUCCAUGGCACUUUUUCAGCUCUUCCAACAACUUUACAACCUACUUGUCUGCUUACGCUGUGUUUUUGUCUUCGGUGGCUGGUGUCAUCAGCUCCGAUUACUUCUGGGUCAGAAGAGGCUACAUCAACUUGUGGCAUUUGUAUUCUGCAGACACCGAGUGUAACUACUCUUACAACAAAUUGGGAAUCAAUUGGAGAGCCUAUGCGGCUUAUAUUCUUGGAAUUGUGCCCAACAUUGUGGGUUUUGCUGGUGCGUGUGGAGCCAAGGUACCCAUUGGUGCUACCUACGUGUAUAACUUGAGUUUUUUCGCUGGUUACUUUACGGCAUUCUUUUCCUAUGCUCUUUUGACCCAGUACUUCCCUGUGAAGGGAUGUCCUGUGGACAAUAUUACACAGCGUGGAUGGUUUGAGGUGUAUGUUGAUGAGCCUCCAGUGGAGGACUUCUCUGAGGAGGUCAAGACCAAUAUGAGAGACAAUCAGUAUGUAAGGGCCACUGGUGGCUGGAAGCUUUUAUAG